GAAAAGCGAAGAGCAAAAAGCGAAACGACAGCUGCGCUCAAAUGUUUUUCCAACUUCAAAGUAAAUAAACAUUGCAUCGCAUUUCACAGCAGCAGCAGCAGCAGCAGGAGGAGCAGCAGGAGCAGGAGGAGCAGCAGGAGCAGAAGCAGCAGCAGCACUCGGCUGUCGGCAUGACAAAGGUCUGUAGCUGUCUAAGCGUGUCGCCAGGCCUUGUGAUUGAGAUACACAUCUUGCUGCUGGGCGUGGCGAUAUUCUUCCUAUUCGAUCUGUACAAUCAUGCCUAUCGGCACAGCGUCGAGGGCCUCAACACGAGCAUAUCCCUGGUGGGUCUGUCGCCCCGUGUGACGCUCGCGCGCGGCAUCACGCUGUGCAUCGUCAUCGUGAACAGCAUCCUGGGCAUACGCCUCUCGCGCUCGAUGACGCUCUUCAAGUUCUUCGUCUACAUGCUGCUCGGCGCCUACAACGCGUACAUGUCGCUGGCGAUCGCCGUGUCGCGGUUCCUCUACACGGACCGGUUUCGAUACUUCACGGACACGAUGCUGCUCUACUCGUGGAACAUGGGGAAGUACAAGCAAAUUGAGCUGCUCUACGACUGCUGUGGCAUGCACGGCGUCAUGGACUACAUAUUGACCGAUCGCCCCUGGUCGAAGGACGUCUGCUGCGGCCUGCCCCUCUGCAAGGGCUGCGAGGUGCAGGUGAGGACAUGAAAACCAUCGAAAGGCAAAUCGCACGCGACAACAUCGCCCUCUGCAUAGCCACCAUCAUCGGCCUGGUCUUUGUGCUGUUACGUAAGAUGAGUGUGGUCAUUGUCGAGGAUCCGUACGAGUCCGAGUCCUCCGAUUACUCGGAGGACGACACCACUGAGUUGCCGCCCCUGAAGUCCACCAGAGACCUGAAGAAGCGUAAGCGCACCAAAGGAACAUCCAAAAAGACUACAGCGCCCGAAUCGGUGCUCUGAGGCAGCUCGCUUAUUGGCCAGCUCUACGGGCUAUUAGUAGCCUUAUUAACGACCCUUGGCUUGAUUUGCCCAAUUGAACUUUAAUUCAAUGUGUUCGGCGAGCAGACAGUCUGCCCGUCUCCCCCUCUCACCCACUCACUUCCUCAUUCCUGUGUGUUGUUGCUUGAUGCGCCUCAUUAAUCGAACUGGGCUUCAAAAUCGUAGCCAAGCUCGGCUGUUGUUAGGGCAACGUUGCGCGCAUCUAAUGGCCGCACUUAAUUAGCUUUCAAAAUAAAAUGCUCCCUCGCUCUAUAGGUAUA